AUGGCCCUUGUCCCACGCCGAUCCAUGUCUCUCCAAGAGCUUCUCGUGCUUGCUUUUCUGGCUGACCGGCAUGUGACCAUAGCCCAGGAUACCCUCUACGAAUCGCAAGAGCUUGAAGAUCAGUUUGAAGGGGGACAGGCACCGAACAUCUCUGCUUUGGCCAAUUCCGUUCACUGGCUCCGCCAGUGCAUUUUCUUUCUGCAAGUCUAUGAAAGCAACGUGGACUUUCGCGACAGUCCCCAGGUUUCAACCGACAGGUGUGGCACCUUCACGAAGUCUGGAAAUGUUGUGACCUUUACGUCGAGUUCGGUGAAGAAGAAAACCUCAGGUGCUGCUGGAGAGAGUGAGGAGACCAAAGAGUCUGCAAUUUCCAUCCGAUUCUUGAUCCAGGGACCCGAGGAAGCACCCGAUAAACUUGCGCGGCUGGAAGGCACAAGUGACGAGGUUGCCAAGAUGUCUGGCGGCAUUUGUGGAGAUCCUGAGCCUGCGAUUCUGACAAAAGCCAGAUGA